CCGUCGUUGCAGAAGAAGCGACGAUGGAGGCAGCAACACCGGGAGGAGAAGAUGAACCGGCGACCAGCACUGCGGCAGAGACAGUCGUCGCGGUGACCAAGGCCCAGGAGAGACGGCAGGAAGAGGCGCUGAAACCUGAGGAGGUCACGGAAAACUCUGAAACGAGCGUGAUCUCUGAAGAACCAAAGGAAGAAACGAGUGUGAUCCCUGAAGAAUCGAAGGAAGAAACAAGAGUGAUCUCUGAAGAACCGAAAGAAGAUCCUGCGCCUAUCGAGAAGCAAGAGGAGGUGGCCGAAGAGGCAAAAGUGGAUGUGCGAUCGAGCGCGUCAGCUCCGACGACGCCGCUGAAAGGCGCUCUCGAGGACGUGGAGACGGUGCCCAAACAGGUGAGCGCUUCGGAGCCCGUAACUCCGACGAAAGAUGCCAUCAGCAAAGACAAGGCGGUGAUCGCAACGCUGCUGAGCGCAUCAGCACCAGCGACGCCAGCGAAUGCUGUCGAGAAGGACGGGGCAUCAAAGCAUAGGGCGAUCCCCGAGGACUCGACGCUAACCUUCAAGGGGAGCAAGGUGAAGACGGCCAUGGAGAAGCGGACGGAAGAGGAGCAGCCCAAGAAGAAGGAGGUGGCGCAGAGCAACGACAUGAUCGAGGACGCCAAGAGCAAGCUGCUGCAGAAGAGGAAGAGCAAGGUGAAGGCGCUGGUGGGGGCGUUCGAGACCGUCAUGGACAGCCCGGGCAAGUCCAGCUGAUUAAUUUGGAGGGAAGGUUGAGUGCUGAUGUGGUUUUUGAAUUGUGUGAUGCAUAAUUUUGUAUGAGAUGUUCCGUUU